AUGGCACUUGCUUCUCUUUAUGCUAGAGCUCAGAAGGCCGAUGCAUCGCUUCCGCAAGGCCACGGCUUCAUUGUCGACCACAAAGUGCGCCCAGAGAGUACGGAAGAAGCUGCGUGGGUUGCGGAGCAAUUGCGCUCCAAAUUUGGAAUGAAAUCCUCGAUUCUUACACUUACUUGGCCGGAGAACUUCGACAUGUCUGACUUUAAACGUUUCGAGACGGAAGCGCGCACACGUCGGUACCAAGCAUUAGGCCAAGCAUGCAGAAGAGAAGAUAUCAGAGCCUUGAUGGUAGCACAUCAUGGCGAUGAUCAGGCCGAGACGGUUCUCAUGAGGCUAGCAAACAACAGAUUACGGACUGGCCUCAAAGGCAUGCAGAGCGUUGAGUGGAUACCCGAAUGCGAAGGCAUCUAUGGUGUGCACCACAGCGGCGACUAUCAGGAACCGAAAGUCACAAACAAAAUACCGUUUCCGAUUGAGCAAGGUGGCAUCCAGAUCUUGCGACCCCUACUUGCCAUGGAGAAGUCCAGACUCAUUGCAACCUGUCAAGAGCACGGCACAGAGUGGGCGGAGGAUAAAUCUAAUCAUUUAAGGACACUGACGUCGCGCAACGCCAUCAGACAUAUCUACAAGGCUCAUGAGCUACCGAAAGCCCUGAGCAUUCCUUCGCUUGUAGCUUUGUCACUUCGAAUGCAGGAACGCGUCAAUAAACAUCAAGCAUACGCCCGCAAACUGUACGACCAGUGUCUGAUGAAGCUCGACAUUCAGAUGGGCACAUUGCUCAUUCGCUUUCCACCCUUCGAUGCUCUACUUGGACGGCCAAUAACAACCGAUGCUGAUAAAAACGAGGCCUGGAAUAAUGCAUACUGCUUGAUUGAAAAGGUUGCGGACCUUGUGACUGCCAAUUUGAAGCCUGCGCUGGGCAACCUGGCCGCCCGGGUGGAUAGUAUCUACCCAGAAUUUUUGACACCCGAAGAGAAGACGGAGCUUAUAGCUGCUGGAGAGAGCCACUUCAGAGACAACUUCACAGUGCACCAUAUCUGGUGGCGUAAAUGCGAUAAGGCGUCUCCUUUUGAGGACCACGGGCUACCAAGUGAGGACUAUAACUCGACACCGCCGCAUCCGAACGAGUGGCUACUCACUCGCCAGGCACUGCAACCUAGCGAGGCGAGGAGACUACAACUCGAGAUUCCACCAUCGAAAACAUCACCUAAUGCGGACUUCUCACGACCCAAAGAAGAGUAUCAGCUGUUUGACGGCCGCUUCUGGAUCAAACUUCACAACUACACCUACGAUACACUGAUCAUCCACAUGCGCCACCUCGCUUCACUGCAAGGGUACAAAGGUGCCGUGCGAAGCCGCCGUGGUCCUAUCCCAGAGCGUUUCAUCGCUGCUGCAUUUGCACUCAUCAAACCUUCUGAUGUCCGGUUUACUCUCCCCGCAGUGUUCCGUAGGGAUGCUACAGGCGAUGAGACGCUCGUGGGCUUUCCGACACUCAAUAUCCGUAUGGAUGGCUUGGGCCCAGCAGAAGGGAUAUGUGACUGGCACGUGCGCUACAAGAAGAUCGACUUCGGUCAACGCUCGAUUGAAGACACGAUAGUCCCUGGAGCCAGGAAAAUGGACUAUGUCAACCAAGAAAAGGCUCAACGGUACCAGAAUAAACGCGUCUCGAGAUUGAAAAUUCGAGGAAACAGAGUUGCUGAUUACGUAUCGGAUGCGCAAAGGCUUGCGGGCUACAAGCGAGUAUACGCGAAGAGUGGUGACGAUGCGAUGCGUGAAAGAAAGAAGUCAUUGCAAUAUACCCAGAGGGCAGUGCAGGGCGAAGAGCUUGAAGGAUUGGAAUUCCUGCGUGAUGAUAAUGAACAGGACAACGAAAAGAGAUGA